AUUACUGGCACACGGGUCAGGAGUGUGGUGAUGACGGCGGAGCGGAGGGGAGGCCUAGAAAAGAGAGACUGUCUGCAAACACGUACACAUCCCGACUGGCUUCACAACACAGGCUCGCAAAAAGUUUUGGGCGCCCAGUCUAAGCAGUGCCACGCAGGACAGAGAGGCCCGCCGUGUCGGCUUUCUGGAGCGGAGCGACCUUGCAAAGGAAAGGGAAAGUCAAAACAACCCCAACCGCCAUAACUGUCCGGAGAAACUCUGAGCGUGAAGAAGGAAUAGCUUAGCAACAGAGUCCCACUUCCUGAGGUGUGAAGGAUCAAGCUCCAAACACCAUGGAUAUGGAUACGCAACCACAAGGACAGCAAGCAGCCGUGCCAGUGUUCCAGCCCCAGAAACCACUGCAGCCAGAUAUGGGUCAUAAUUCGCUGGCUAACUUCCAGAUUGAGAAGAAGAUUGGCCGUGGGCAGUUCAGCGAGGUGUACCGGGCGAGGUAUCUGCUAGACAACACAUCAGUGGCUCUGAAGAAGGUUCAGAUAUUCGACUUGAUGGAUGCCAAAGCUCGGCAAGAUUGCAUCAAAGAGAUAGAUCUCCUUAAGCAAUUGAACCAUCCCAAUGUGAUAAAGUACCAUGCAUCUUUUAUUGAGGACAAUGAGCUAAACAUAGUCCUGGAGUUAGCUGACGCUGGGGACCUCUCACGUAUGAUCAAGCACUUCAAGAAGCAACGGAGGCUUAUCCCGGAGAGAACGGUGUGGAAGUACUUUGUCCAACUCUGCAGUGCCCUCGAACAUAUGCACUCUCGGAGAGUCAUGCACAGAGAUAUCAAGCCAGCCAAUGUUUUCAUCACAGCCACCGGAGUAGUGAAAUUAGGAGACUUGGGACUGGGACGAUUCUUCAGCUCCAAAACAACCGCAGCUCACUCCCUAGUGGGUACUCCUUACUACAUGUCACCAGAGAGGAUACAUGAAAACGGAUACAACUUCAAAUCUGACAUCUGGUCGCUAGGAUGCCUGCUCUAUGAGAUGGCAGCCCUACAGAGUCCAUUCUAUGGGGAUAAGAUGAACCUUUACUCCCUCUGUAAGAAGAUAGAACAGUGUGACUACCCCCCUCUCCCCUCAGAUCACUACUCGGAGGAGCUGAGGAACUUGGUAGAUAUGUGUAUCAACCCUGACCCGGAGAAGAGGCCGGACAUCACCUAUGUGUACGACAUCGCCAAACACAUGCAGAACCUCACACAGGGCAGUUAAGCCCCGAGAUGCACACUCUGUCGCUUGCAGAUCUCCUUCCAUUACCCCGUCCACCCCCACCCUCUUGCUUUUCAUGCUGGACUUGUAAACCUUUUAUCAGCUUUCAUACAAUAACUUACUCCAGAGUUGAGCUCCUUGUGAUAAGAAGGACAUGUAACAGAUUUUAUUUUCAAGGUGCUGGUAUGGUCUAUAUGAUGACUGACACCUAACCCCCCUCCCCCCUCCCCAAUUCCUUAGACUGUUAUGUUACAGCACUGAAAAUCAAGAAUCUAGCUCAUCUGAUGUGUUUCUUGGUGUGCCUUUCAAACACAUGUCUCGAGUAUUUUCAUGGAGUGAACUAAAGCCAUUCUUUAGCUGGCAGGUCUACUGGAAAAUAGUAAAAAUUAACAAACAAAUAUAGUAAUCUACAGUGUCAUUUUAAAUCCUUAUCUUCAAAGUGAUCCAUCACUGCAAAUAUAAUGAAACAACCUUAUGUUGAUGCGUGUCAUGUGGCCUCAGGUUAAUAAAUGACACAGAAAAAGCAUGAAAAGUUACAAGAAAGGUGAACAGAUUCUCAUUCAACAGAUCAAAAAUGAGACAAUGCAGAGUGUGAUCGAUGGCUGAAGUGGUGUUGCGUUGCACUUUUUAUCUUGGUAAUGGGAGAACGGCAGGGUAAUCAUGUCUAAUGAAUGCAUACGGAAAGUAAGGAUCAUCCAGAGGCUGCACUUCAGAUGUGCUGGGGAUAGAACAUGGGCAAAUGUCUCCGUAACACUUUGAAUGUAAGUCAUUUUGACAUUGUGUGUUGUCUUUGAACAGUUCACAGUGUCUCUAUUUUUGACAGCCUGGAAGGAGAGUGGUAGAACGAGUAACAAAGGCAUUUUCUUUUUGCUGUUUACCUUAGUCACUGACACCAACACAUCUCCUCCUCAGUGCAGCUGUAACAAGAUAUUAACUGUAAUUAUACAGUGUUAGCUUUGUAAGGCUGGUGAAAUCACAAUGAAGACUUCAGAGAGUCGGAACGCAUCAUGGUCCAGUAGAUGUGUUUGACCCUUCUUCAGACUGUUAACUUUGCUGUGUCUGAUUGCAGUGUAUGUGUCUCGUUGAGUAACAAAUGUAUGGAGAAGAGGCGGUGGAUCAUGAGUAAAUCCCAGAUCUGCAACAUCUGUCCUCAGUUUAGAUACCGAACAAAAGUCGCUCAUAAAGAAGCAGUUUUUUUUUGUGGAAAAUACAAGAGACGUACGUAAAAACAAGCAGCACAUUUUUUUUUUAAUUUUUUUUUUUUUACUGUACAUAUUGAAGAGGUUCCUAUAGUUUUAAUACUGUAGUGUUUUAUUGACCAUUAGUCAAUGUUAAUGGAGGACAUGGUAAUUAUUUUUUGAAUAUAGGUUUACACCAGUGGGUCACAGAUGACCAGCACUGACCACCACUGGUUACCACAUGAAAGGUGUAGUAAGUAAACAAUAAUUGGUAAUGCUUUAUUUCAGUGUCUGAUGAAUUUUUGUUUAACAUUAUCAAAUUAGCCUGUUAACUGUUGUUGCACAUGUACGCUCAUGUUCUUUAUGGGUUUUUUAACAUGUAAUAGUAAUAAUGUGUUCAUUUGAAGCUUACAAGAUUCAAGAAAAUAAGUUAUUUUAUUGAUGUUAACAGCAUAUUGUGAUAAUAUGUUGCUCGAUAGAUUUGUCUGAGACUUGCAAGUAUAGUGUUUACAAUUCUUGUUUUUGCUCCUUUUUAUGGCCGUUCUUUUCCAUUGCAAUACACACACAUAUAUAUUUAGAUUUAAAAUGUUGUUUACUCCGAUUACCCUUACAAACACGUCUGUAUAGCUCCACAACCUUUCAGUAUUCUGUUGUAAUAACAGAAGUGCAAUUGCUUUUAAGCACUUUUUAACGUUUUAUCUGCGAUACAGAAUUCCCCUGAAGAAAGUAAUAGUAUUCAACAGCAAAAUACCAAAAAAAAAAAAAAGACGUUUCCAGGGGGUUAAAGGGACAAAUCCUUCAAGUUUCAAAUAUUCAAUCAUGUGUCUUGUGCAUCUCCUAUUUUAUUAGCUGGAAAAAUAGAUUUUCGUUUACAACCGAGUACAACUCCAGAGCUCCUCAUGUUCAACAUACUCAGUGCUGAGUCACUUUAAGGUAACUGCUACAUCUUGAUAGGAAGUGGUUUUUUUGUGCUCUGUUAUGUCCCAGCUUUUCACCUUGGCUCGUCAUAUUUUCUGCAUACUCCAAAGAACAGGGUUUUUGGUUUGUUUGUUUUUCCCAGAAAGUCAAAUAUUAGGAUUUAAUAUUUAUUGUUCUGGUACUCUUGUUUGUUUUCUGAGCAUUUCAUGUCAUAUUAAAAAGAAUGACAGAACAUCAUUACACAUGCCUUGUAUACCAUCUAAAUGCAAUAAAGCUUUCAAAUGUU